UUUAUCAAGCUGAGCAUCUUUGGCUUUUUCUUGGGCUUUGGGCUUCCUUUCAACUUUCACGAUGAGCUUUAACACCAAACAGAGCACCAAUACUACAAUAUACAGCAGAGGGAGAAGCAGCAAUGCUAGCAGCACGGCUAGAGAGGCUGGAGUCAGGGUGGUCCCGGCCGUCUCGGCCAGAGGCACAUCCCCGGCUGCAGGCAGUGCUCGAUGCAGCCUCUCUGGGAGAAGCUUUGGCGGGGUGAGUGGCACAAGUGGCAUUGACAGCAGGGGCAUGAUAGAUGGUGGUUAUGGGUUCAGCGCGGGCAGUGCCCGCUAUGGCGGCCUAGGUUGUGGAUUUGGUGUUUGCCACGAGGCACCUUUGAUCGCUUGUGAUGAGAAGAUGACCAUGCAAAACCUCAAUGACCGCUUGGCCACUUACCUGGACAAGGUGCGAAGCCUGGAAGAGGAAAAUAUGGAGCUGGAGGGCAAAAUACGGGAAUGGUAUGAGCAGCAAGGACCCGUCUAUGACCAAAAGGACUACAGCAGUUACUAUCAGCAAAUUGAAGAUCUGAAAAACCAGAUCAUUUGUGCCACCGUGGAUAACAGCAAGCUUGUCCUGGAUAUUGAUAAUAACCGGAUGACUGCGGAUGACUUCAGACUGAAGUAUGAGACAGAGCUGGCUCUGAGCCAGAAUGUGGAAGCUGACAUCAAUGGCUUACGCCAAGUCCUGGAUCAACUGACCCUUUGCCGAUCUGAUCUGGAGAUGCAACUGGAAUCCCUCCGGGAAGAGCUGUGUUGCCUCAAGAAGAACCAUGAGGAGGAAAUUAAGGACUUUAAGAAUCAAGCCAAUAGAGAUGUCAGUGUGGAAGUUAAUUCUUGCCCAGGUCCCGAUCUGAAGAAGAUUUUGGAAGAUAUGAGAAGCCAGUAUGAAACCAUGAUUGAAAACAACCGCCGAGAAGUUGAGCAGUGGUAUGAAAAUAAGAUGGAGGAGGUGAAUCGGGAGGUCACCAAUAGCAGCAAAGAAGUUGAAGAUUGCAACAACCAAGUGAUUGACCUGAAACGCCAGCUACAGACCUUGGAAAUAGAUCUGCAGGCUCAGCUUAGCCUGAGAGACUCACUGCAAGGUUCUUUGGCUGAGACCGAAUGUCGCUACAACAACCACUUGGCUGAAAUACAGAACCAGAUCUCGUGUGUGGAGCAGCAGCUGGCAGAGCUGAGGGCAGAAAUGGAGUCCCAGAACCGAGAAUAUCGAGAACUUCUGGACGUCAAGUGUCGCCUGGAACAGGAGAUCCAGACGUACCGCAGCCUGCUACAAGGAGGGCAAGACGACAUUGUGAGCCUCAGUAACAAAACAGGACUUUCCAGACAAGGAAGUGGGAGUCCGAGAAGCCCCCGCAAUUACGCCACCUCUCCUAACCGUGCCCAGCCGCUGGUGACUGAUAUCAAAGCGUACGUCAGAUAGAUUUCCAAAGCUGCACCUGUGGAACGAGCGGUCUGUAACCUGCCAUGAAAACCAAGUAUCCAUGAAUGGGCUACCUUUAAGCUCACUGUAUUACUCUCUUCUUCUUGAAAACGUGGUGGUUCCUACCAUUGUUCUGAGUGUUAGUUUAAAAAAUUUUAAACAGCUGGUCUUGGGCAUUCUACUGAAUGUGGGUCUUUAAUAAAACUAUUUUUCUGACUGAUGCAAACAAA